UGAUGGAAAUUGUCAUGUAGUGACUUGCAGUGUUUACCCUUGCAGUGUUUACCCUUGCAGUGUUUUAGCGUGCUCGCAAAGGCAGUGUUUUAGUACGCAGACAUGCUUGUGCAGAAUGCGCCGCGCCAGGUUGGCAAGCAGUUGUGAAAUACAGACUCACGUAGCAGAUCGGGGAUUGUGAUGGUCCUGCAGGGAUUACGAUAGAACAUGGCGACAAGGAUGAAAAUGAAAUUGGUUACAGGAAUAUAGAGGGAGACAUGAAGGAAAGGAUGUGCGAAUGGCGACAGAUAUAUGGAUAGCCAAGGAGAGGUGCUGCAGGUGAUUUGGAUAUUUUGAGGCGAAUGUGGCGCAUUUUGAAUUGAGCAACCAGUUAUAUUUUCUUUGUUACUGAAAAACAAGAACAUAUUUGAAGAUUUUCGUAUCACUUUCAAUUGAAAAAGGAACAUGGAAGGCCUAUCUGUACCAGGUGUGAGGCAGUACCAGCAAGGAGAUGAUUUUGACAGGUGGGUAAAGUCUGUGGAAAGAUACAUGCUGGCAAUGAAUAUCAAGUCUACAGAAAGAAAAUGUGCUUUGCUUUUGCAUCUAGUAGGAGAAGAUAUAGCAGACACAUACGAAACACUGCCAGAUAUGGAAGGUGGAGAUGAAUUCAUGAAAUGUAAGGCUAAACUGUCCAGCUAUCUUUCACCAACUCGGAAUGUCAUUGCCGAGAGGAUGGCUUUUCAGAAAAUUACCAUGGAUGAGGGAGAAGAAUUUGAGGCUUACCUGACCAGGCUAAAAAAGCAAAUGAGGAAAUGUGGGUAUGCAGCACAUGAGGAAGACAGGGAGCUGCGUGACAGAUGUGUGGCAGGCGCGACAAGAGACCUGCAACAUAAGUUCCUCCAGAAGGCAGCAGAAAAGGGAGAUGCUUUGACACUGGAAGAUGUGAGAAACAUGGCAAAGGUCCACAAAGCAGUGCGUGAUCUAGGAUUGCAGUUUUCAGGUGAGGAAAAGAAGAGGAAGGAGGAAGUGGUGGAUGAGAAAAGGCACCAGGAAGAGGUGGAUGUCAUUCAGUACAAGAAAGAAAGAAGAGGAAUGAUGAAUGAAGGAAGAGGAACCAUGGGAGAAGGAAGAGGGAAUAUGGGUGAUGAAAGAGGAGCCAUGUGUGCUGGAAAAUCAGAAAAGAGAUGUUUUAAAUGUGGAAAGGAAGGACACCUACAGAAGUGGUGUAGAGACCAGGGAAAGACAGAAAGGAGUGAAGGUGCCAGAAGGUAUGGGAGACCGGAAGGUUACAGAAAUGACGUAAGGAAAUGCUUCAACUGUGGAGGAUAUGGACAUAUUGAGAGAUUUUGCAGGUCAGCUCCAGGUCGUGGUAGCAGACAGACGGAGGACACAAGAACAUGUCAUGCGUGCGGAGCGAAAGGACACUUGCAGCGAUGGUGUCCCAGGAGAACUGCAGGACAAGUGAUCCCAGAAGUGUUGAUGGCGCUGGAGGAGGCAGAAGAUGCAGAAGAAGAGAAAGAAGUGUUGAUGGCGCUGCAUGAGGCAGAAGAUACAGAAGAAGAGACAGAAGUGACAGAUGAAAGCCAGCAGGAAGAUCUGGGUAGAGACGGGACAACUGAUGAUGUCAUGAACGAUGAAGAAAACGGAUGUGAAGCUGCAAAUGAAGACGGAUGGGAAGCCGAUGUUGUGAAGUGGGAAGACGGAGAAUGAGAAUGUGGCUGGAGCACACGAACGAAGCAAGAAGAUAGAGACACUGACGAGAAGAUAAGUGAAGAAGUCACGGAAAGUGAAGAAGUUACGGAAAGUAAAGAAGUCACGGAAAGUGAAGAAGUCACGGAAAACGAAGACAAGGAAAGUGGCAAAAGAAGACAAGAGGAAGUGUUCGCGGUACAAGAGAAGUUGAAGGACAAACCCCCGACGGUGAAGAUGGGAGUGAAUGGACGUCAAAUAGAGCUGCUCAUUGACACGGGGUCGCCGGUGUCAAUCAUCGACAGCCGUGAAGCCGAGAAAGUACCAGGACUGAAGGUUCAGAAGACGGAUCUUAAACUGAGAUCCUUCACAGGUCAGGAACUCAAGGUAUGCGGAGAAGCAACUGUGACCGUGAGAUAUGACGGACAGGAGAAGGAGGCGAGGAUCAUAGUGUGCGAUCAGCCAGGACGGAUGCCGCUAUUGGGGCGAGAGUGGCUGAGGGUGAUAAAGCUGAAUUGGAAGGAAGUGUGGAUGGUCCAAAGACAGGUGAAGAAGCGAACGUUGCAGGAAGUCCUGACUGACAACAAGGAAGUGUUUGAUGCCGGACUGGGCCAGAUGACAGUCGAGGCCCACCUCACUCUGCAGCCGAACGCAGUACCAAAGAGCGUUCCAGCAAGACCGAUUCCGUACGCGCUGCUACCAAAGGUGAAUGGUGAAUUGGACCGAUGGGUAAGCGAAGGGAUCGCCGAGAAGGUAGAGCCGUCGGACAAAACAUCAGGGUGGGGAACACCGCUCGUACCGGUGCCGAAACCGUCCGGAGAAGUGAGGCUAUGUGCUAGCUACGACAUCACCGUAAAUCCCCAGUUAGUCGUGAAACAACAUCCUCUGCCAAGAGCUGAAGACGUGUUUGCAGGCGUCAACGGACAGUUCUUUUGCAAACUAGAUCUGAAAAACGCGUACCAGCAGAUGAAACUGGACAAAGAGUCCCAGGACAUGACGACAGUCAGUACUCAUCGAGGACUAUACCGGAUGCUGAGAUUGCCAUUCGGUAUCGCCAGCUGUGGCGCACUCUUCCAAGAUGCGAUGGAAAGGAUCCUUGGUGAUGUAGAGGGAUGCAAAGUGUACCUCGAUGACGUUCUGGUGUAUGGAAAGGAUGAACAAGAACUGCUUCAAAGACUGGAUGAUGUGCUCAAGAAGCUGAAGGAAAAUGGACUACGACUCUCAAAAGAAAAGUGCCAGUUCCUGAAGAAGGAAGUGAUGUAUUUGGGAUGGAGGAUCAGCGGACGAGGUAUUAGUCCAAGAGACAAGGGAGUGGAAGCAAUAGUGGAAGCGCCAGAGCCGCGAGAUGUCAGUCAACUGAGAUCACUGUUGGGAUCAAUCAACUACUUCGCAAAACUGCUUCCAGACCUCUCAACCGUACUGGAACCAUUGUAUGCACUGACGAAGAAGGGCGCGACAUGGAGAUGGACGAAGGAGUGCCGUGAAGCGGUCAACACUGUGAAGAAGAUGCUGUCAGGACCCCGAGUGCUAAUGACGUACGAUCCGGACCUACCAGUCAAGUUGAUAACGGAUGCCAGUAGCGUAGGAGUCGGUGCGGCGCUACUCCACGUUCUACCAGACGGAACAGAGAGGCCCAUAGGAUACGCGUCGAGAUCACUUACCGUGACUGAGCGAAAAUAUGCUCAAGUAGAAAAGGAGGCAGCUGCUGUAUCAUAUGGUGUGAGUAGAUUUCACCAUUUUCUGUAUGGAAAAAGGUUCACUCUAGUGACGGAUAACAGAGCUCUCUCGAGGAUUCUAGGACCUACGAAGGGACUGCCAAGUCUUGCUGCGGCUAGAUUGCAACGCUACGCAUUACAGCUAGCAACCUACUCAUACAGCGUGGAACUACGGAAGUCAGAAGACAUGCAUAUUGCGGACUGCUUGUCCAGGCUGGCUUUACCGUGCUCCGCCGAGGAGAUGAAGGAGAUCAACGAAGAUGGUGUCGUCGGAUGCUACAUCAUGUUCAUGGACGGCACAUCGCAGCUGAUAUCAGUGGAGAAGAUAGCGAGAGAAACGAAACGAGAUCCAGUGUUGGGCAGAGUCCUGAACUUCGUGAGACAUGGCUGGCCAGAAGAAACCGAAGACGAGCUGCGAGCUUACAAACAGCGGCAGAACGAGUUGUCAACCGACUUCGACUGCGUUCUGUGGGGAGGAAGGACGGUGAUACCGACGAAGCUGAGAGCAGCAGUACUGCAAGAACUCCAUCAGAGUCAUCUCGGAGCAGCGAAGAUGAAGAGUCUCGCAAGAAGAUACGUAUGGUGGCCCGGACUGGAUUCGGAACUCGAAGGAACAGCGCGUGACUGCAUAGCAUGUGCAGAGAAGAAAACAUCACCACCACGGACAGCGCUCCACCCGUGGGAACCAGCGACUAAGGCAUGGGAAAGAAUACAUGUGGACUACGCCGGACCAAUCCAGGGAACCUACCUUCUAGUGGUCUACGAUAGUUAUUCAAGAUGGAUCGAGGUGGUACCAGUCAAGGAAACUACAGCGUCAAGAACGGUGCACGAGCUGAGGGACAUGUGCGCACGUUUUGGAGUACCCGCGCAGAUCGUAAGCGAUAACGGACCGCAGUUCGUUGCCAAAGAGUUUGCGGACUUUGUAGAGAAGAACGGGAUCAAACACCUCAGAACCGCUCCUUACCACCAGAGCAGUAACGGUGCUGCAGAAAGAGCGGUACAGACGGCGAAGAACGCUCUGAGAGCAUCGGGACGCGACGGAGGAACGCUGGACAGCAGAUUGCAGCGGUUUCUUCUAGCGUACAGGGUUGCUCCUCAUUCUGCGACGGGAAGAUCUCCUGCAGAAUUGAUGCUGGGGUGGCAGCCAAAGACAAGACUGGACCAUCUGCAACCAGACCUCCUGCGAAGAGUGAAAGACGCGCAACAGAACGACGUAAACCGGAGACCAGGAGUACAUCGCACUCUUCAGGUGGGAGACGGAGUGUGGGCAAGAAGCUACACGGGACGAGACAAGUGGAGACUGGGAAAAAUUAAUGCCGCAACUGGACCAAGGUCGUUCGAGGUUGAUAUGGGAGACGGCGUAACAUGGUCACGCCAUGCCGACCAACUGUGGCCAGCGGAGAGAAAAGCAACCGAGACCAGCCAACAACCAAUGAUGCCUGCACGAGGGGCUCCCGCGUCGACGCCCGAGCGCGAGCAGCCAUCGCGCGAGAAGUCGUCGUGCGAGCAGCCAUCGACGCCCGAGCCCGGACAGCCGUCGGCGCGCGAGUGCGAGCAGCCGCCGACACAGGAGCGCGAGCAGCCGCCGACACAGGAGCGUGGGCGAUCACCGACGCCCGGUCACGAACCCUCGGCCUAUGCGCGCGAUAGACCAGUGGCACUCAGACGGGGGAAACGCAGUAUAAUACCCCCGAAACGUUACGCCGAGUGACACGAUACGCGCGAUGCACCUGUAAAGAGGGGGGAGUGUCAUGUAGUGACUUGCAGUGUUUACCCUUGCAGUGUUUACCCUUGCAGUGUUUUAGCGUGCUCGCAAAGGCAGUGUUUUAGUACGCAGACAUGCUUGUGCAGAAUGCGCCGCGCCAGGUUGGCAAGCAGUUGUGAAAUACAGACUCACGUAGCAGAUCGGGGAUUGUGAUGAACUGUGGUGAACUAAUGAGUGAACUAAUUAGUUGACUCCAGCUAAUCGCUGGCGGUGUCCAGUGGUUUCUGUGCUGCCGUACUGAUGAAGACCAUCUCGCACUGGUGUUCUGUGCCCG